CAUGACAAGUAAAUUUAAUGGAAAAGUUAUUUCUGUUGAAUCUGUCAGAUAUCCUAAUUGGUGGCUCGACGCUGAUCCGAAAGUCACCCACAACAGUGCUAUUGAAACCAAAAUAGAUAUUCAAGACGUGGAUACUCAUAUCUCAGCUCAUUGGCGGGUGAUUGACGCUAUGAAUGGUUUCGUUUACUUGGAAAACGUAAAAUUUCCGAAACAUUAUUUAGACGCUCAUGAGAGAGAAAUAUCUUAUUACACGAAAAAAACAAGAGUAACGAUGACGGAAACACCGAGCGAAGAAUCAUGGACAAAAUGGAAGAUAAUACCAAAAGGAGGUAAUAUCCAUUAUAUCCAGUCGGAAAAAUACAAAGAUUAUUUAGAUGCCCACGAAAGUGGAUGGAUAAAGCAUAGACUCGGCCCUCCUUCGCUACGAAGUGAAUUUCGGAUUAGACAAGUGACUUUUUCAUAA